GCCUGGAUCGAGGUGGCGUCUCGUCGCUACGGUUCUCUCUCUGUGUUCCUGAGAAAGUGUGUGUGAGCUCCAGCACUACUGAUCCAUCAUCUGUGUUUGGAUAAACCUCUGAAUGGACUGUGUGCUCUUUUUUUUGGAGCGUUUACCUCGGACUAUAGGAGCUAGCUUAGCAUGCUAGCUGGAAACACGUUAGCAACACUAGUCAGAUUGAGAGUUUGAUGGAAAAGGUGUGUUUAACGGAGUUUGCAGGAAAAGGUGAUCUAGUAAACAUGAGUAAAGUCCAAAUGCUGCAGUCGUCGAAGAAGCAGCGACUCACUGCUGAAGAGAUAUUUACUCUGUUUGAAAAAACGAUAGCAGAGCUUGAGGAGGAGCUGUCUCUUUCCAAAGAGGAGAACAAGAGACUCCAGGAACUACUGGACGCUGUUUUACAGCCUCAGCUUCGGAUACACAGAGCAGACCUACCGAAGGUUAACAUCAGUGAUGUACAUCGGCUGGUACAAGCGGCAAGCUCAGCCCCGAGGAGCAAAAGAGAAAAGGGGUUCAAGAUGUACAUAUCCAGUUACAUCGACAAGUAUGAAGAUUGUCUUUGAGAACUGCUCACCCGUGGAGAUUGCAGUGGCAAAGUGUUCCUGUGUAGCUGGAACAGCACUCUGCAACCACAAUGUUGCACUGCUGUUCCAGACCGCACACUACUCCACACUCAACCUGGCUGCUGUACCCCCUGUCCUCAGCUGCACUGAAACAGAGCAGCGAUGGCACAAGCCAAGAACCAUGGGUGUGAAACCAGGCAGAGUGAGUGACAUGGUGUUCAUUUCCACUAAGCCAAAGCAGUUUACAGUUGCUGACGGUGUAAGGAGUACACGUUACAAGGCCGUGCGGGGGGAGCUGCCAGACCCAGAUGUCCUCAAAGUCAGUGAGGUAUACAAGGACUUCUCAGCAGACAUCACACCACUGAUCACCACCAUGGCUAUAAGUGUGGACGUGCCACUGGUUAACUCCACCUUUGGAAAAGUUCAGGAAGGUAGCCCUAUCUCAUACCAGCAUCCGCUACCUCUUAGCCGGGUUAUAGUGCGUCACCCAGAUGCCCCUCCACCACCACCUCUACCUGUGGAUGGCUAUAGGCUGGAGCCUACCACCUGUGAGUUUGUGUGCAGUCACCAACAGCACCUCCAUCUACUCUCACUUGCGACAACAUUGCUCAUGGCAAGGAAAAUCGAGGUGGCCACAAGGGAGCAGAGCGACAGUGUGGAAUGGCACCGUGUUAGGAGGCCAAGAAUAACUUCUUCCCGUUUCAGGGAAGUAUGCCAUGUUCGAGGUCAGAGUUCGGCUGAAAACUUGGCACAACGGAUUCGGAAGGGAGUGGCGCAAACGGCGUCAAUGAAGAGGGGACUGGCACUGGAACCGGUUGCCAUCCAGGAAUACUACCGGAUUAAAAACACCAAUUACUGGCCGUGCGGGUUUGUCAUUCACCCAGAUGCCCCCUGGUUAGGGUCAUCUCCUGACGGUCUGGUGUUUGACCCAACUGAGAGCCCACCUUUUGGACUUGUUGAAAUAAAAUGCCCAAAUGCAAAAAGUUAUGUGGACUGUAGCUACUUAAAAAUGCAAAGUGGCACAUUAAAACUGAAGCAGUCUCAUAGCUACUAUUGGCAGGUGCAAGGCCAGCUCCUACUCACAGGGAUGGAGUGGUGCGAUUUCGUCGUUUUUGCAGAGGAGGAUAUCCUUAUACAGCGUAUCUGCAGAGACUGCGAGGUGGCUACAACCAUUAGGGAGAAGGGAGAUUAUUUUUAUAUUUUUUUGUAUAUGGACUGAUAUGCACUACACUACAUUAGUGUACCACACUACAUCACACUACAUUACUGAUCUAACAUGAAUAUUUUCCUGUAUAUAGUUCUUUCAAUUGCUAAAUCCAGAACCAAGUGUGUUCUAUAAGUCAAAAAGAUCCUUUAGUCAAAGGACCUAUGUGAGGAAGAAAGGGGUGUUUAUUGGCAGACAUUUAAUGUCAUAUGACGUUAUUCAUUAACAAAAGUUGUGGAUGCUAACUAACUUAUCUUGCAUUGAUCUGUUCAUCUGCUACAUAAACUAGCAUUACUUAAAUAUGCAGAGACUAAUUGAAAUGUUUAAAUAUGUAUUUUCUUCCCCCGAUAUAACAUCAACCUAUGUUUUGUAAAAGUGUAUUAAAUGAAUCUGUAAAAUGUUA